UUCUGUCUACAGAUUAAUCACCUUCAUGUCGACUGUGUUGGAUACUAACCCGCCGAUGCUAUGGUUACCUUUAUUACGAUCUUUCAGGUGAAUCUAGUGAUGUCCAUCCUGCUGUAUGUGAUGGUCCUCGUGUACCUCUAUGGUAUCCAGGUGACCAACAUGGACAGCAGUCGCCAGGGGCAACAGCAGCAACAGCCGAGUCCCGACCCCUUAAACUCCCUUAUCAUCGAGCUGCUUCAGGCGGACCUCACGAGGGGGAAGACCAGGGGGAACCAGAGUCAACAGGGGAAAAGCAAGGACACCGAGCCCCCGGACACGCUGCCCCCCCUCCUCAGUGCAAACUUACCUUUGGAGGAGCAGGGCGAUGCGGAGCAGUGGGGGACGGGGGGUCGCAGCGACGACGCUGCCGACCAGGAGGUGAUGCUGUUGAACUCGGACGUUCUCAGGCAGCACAAGCGGUACAACUCGCCUCGGGUGCUGCUGAGCGACCGGCCGCCGCUGCAGCCGCCGCCGCUGUACCUCACGGAUGAUUAUGUCAGUGGCGGAUUGGACGGGGCGGCGGGAAACAAGACGCGGAGGAAGCGCUACGCCGAGCACAAGAGCUAUCGAGGGGAAUAUUCUGUGUGCGACAGCGAGAGCCAGUGGGUGACGAAUAAAACCCAAGCAGUGGACACGGGGGGUUACCCUGUCAUCGUCCUGGCCAAAUUUAAAAUCAGUGCCGCGCAGGACAUCAAACAGUUCUUUUAUGAGACACGCUGUCGGACCCCUAGGCCCUUCAAAGGUGGCUGCAGGGGCAUCGAUGACAAGAACUGGAACUCGCAGUGCAAGACGACGCAAACAUACGUCCGAGCGCUGACGCAGGUCCGCAAUUCAGUGGGCUGGCGGUGGAUACGCAUAGACACCUCAUGCGUCUGCGCAUUGUCACGGAAACGUCGCAGGACGUAAACAAAACCACGCAAGCCCACGCUGGCGACUACCUGUUUGGAGUUCUACUUCCUGUAUUGGAUUUUACUUCCUGUUCAUGGCACUCCCCACCACUGGGUGAUGUGUCAUGGUGGUGAAGAGCACUCUAAAAUGAAACUUCUACUGAAGAAAUCUUGGGUCCGUUUAAAUGAUAUUUCACUU